GUUGCUUAGUGGCUAUUUUGAUGGCUUGAACAUUGAAGUCAUCAUCAUCAGUCCACGCUCGUAGCAAGUUACGAAACAAGUCUCAUCUCAGGACGUUUGUGUCGACAAAGUCUGUGUCAAGCCUUUCGUCGAGAGUAAACGCAGACGACGUCUUUAUUGCCAAAAAGAAAGAACAAGUAGCGUCUACGAUUUUACCACAAGAUGUGCAAUUGUAUGUAGUCUACGAAGAAAAGUUGCGAGGCGAAUCUACAAACAGGAAGAAGUUAAAUUUAGCCAUGGUCGUGCGUGUGGCAUCGCUAUAGGACGGGCCACCACCAGGCCGUGGUUAAAGUUUGAUGGUCCGCGGCUCAAAGGAUUUCACUCGUUUCAGCCUGGGACGGGAAGUGCAACAGCAGUUGGGUAACUCCCAGCAAACUCACGGAUCAGUGACGAAGAAGCUGAUUACAGAAGACAAUAUAAAUGUUGCUUUACACAAGGCUAAGGGCUCUGGUGCUCGUAUUGUCUCAUGGACCGUCAAGAAUUUUACAGCUAAAGGUGAUAAUUAUGUCUCAGUUGUGACUAGCGUUGAUAUAAAGUACCAACUGGAUGGCAACGAAUAUUCCACUUCUUUCAUUGCUAAGCUUGGGGCCCCCCAAUCAACCAAGACUUUCAGCGAGAGCAUCGAUUACGCCUUCGUGAAAGAAUGCAGAGUCUAUGAAGAAAUCGUCCCUCUCUUGGGCGAGGAACUGAUUUCUCGUGGCCUCCAGCGUCUGAGAGUUCCAGAAUGUUACUAUGCUAUAUGUGAGCCUGGAGAUCAGGUUAUUUAUUUAGAAGACUUGAGAAUUCGUGGAUUUCAAACUCGUGAGCGCAAAGCCCCAUUAGACAAGGCCCACACCACUCUAGUGCUCCAGGAAAUGGCCAGAUUACAUGCUGCAUCUUUGUUGCUUCAGAGUAGAGGUGGCUAUGAGCAACUUGAUGUCAAAUUUCCAUAUCUGAAUAAGGAUUGCUUUGAUGUAACUGAGGAUGUUCAAAAAAUGGCUGCAGGUCUGUUGGAUAAGCAUAUGCAGGAAACAAUUAUUGCUCUGAAGGAGUUUGAAGGUUACCAGAAGGCCAUUCAGUGGUUAACGGAUCUCAUGCCGCACGCUUACGAGACAUGGAUGAGGCAAUUAGACAACAACACGAAAUUUGCUGUCAUUUGCCAUGGCGACUGCUGGAAUAACAAUAUUCUUUUCAGGUAUGACGACCAAGGAAACCCCAUUGAGGCAAUGUUGGUUGAUCUGCAACUUCUUCGCUUCGCUUCUCUCGCAGCUGACAUACAGUUGCUGUUUUGCAUCAGCCUAACGGGGCACGAGAGGAAAUCGAACCUCGAUUACUACUUGGAUGUCUACUAUGAAUCCUUCAAGAGUGUCAUGGAUUCUGGGGGAUUAGCCAUGCCUUUCACCAGAGGUGAACUUGCUGAUGAGUACGAAAGCAAACGUCUUUAUGGCCUAUUUUGGGCAAUGGCUUUUUUGCCGGCCAUCCUCAGUGAAAGCGAGGACAUCCCAGAUGAGUUCUACACCAACGACUUGCUUACAGCAUCCGAAGGACUCUCCAGCUGCAGUGCUUCCCAGGACCCCGACGGAGAGUCUGUCGGUUCUCCGAUGAGUGAGAAAGAGAAGGAGGUUUUUCUCCUCAAGUUCAAAAAGAAUCCCGAUUUGACAUCGCGUUUCCUUUCUCUCUUUGAUGACAUCAUCGGAAAUGGCGAGAAUGUAUUGUGAUACAUCAAUAUUGAUUUCUCUGACUUGAUGAAAGUCCUUCCCUCCCGCCCCCCAACCCCGUAUCGGACUCAUAUAUUUCUUUGAGAAAAUUCUCCCCAGCACUGACCCCCUUAAAUUUGAUUGUAUUUCAAGCCAAUUGUUAACCGAAAAUAACUUCAAAUUUAUUUCAGGAAGCAUGCUGAGAACAAUAAACUGGAAAUAGCGUA